AAAUGAAAAAAAAACCUUAUUUCUAUUAGUAAGCUUACUAAUGAUUAUCCUCUCAAUAUUGAAUUUUCUUCUUCCAGUUUUGUCAUAAAGGACAGGAAAACGGAACAAGUGAUAGCCAAGGGAAAUCGCAAGGCUAAUCUAUAUGCUCUAGAAGCUCCACAAAUGGCCUUUUUCUCAAAUCGCUUCAAGUCUACUAGUGAAAGUGUUUGGCACUAGAGAUUAGGCCAUCCACAUUCUAAAGUAAUAAAACACUUAGAAAAUAAAGGGUUAAUUCAAGUAAACAAGUGUGGAAGUACAGACCAUAUUUGUGAAAGUUGUCAAAUUGGGAAGUCUAAGAAACUUCCCUUUUAUGCUUCAAACUCUACUUGUACUCAUCCAUUUGAGAAAAUACAUUGUGAUUUGUGGGGACCAGCACCAGUUUUAUCUUUUCAAAAAUUUCGCUAUUAUGUUAGUUUUGUGGAUGAUUUUACUUGAUUUACUUGGCUAUUUCCUUUAAGAACUAAAUCUGAUUUCUUUGACUGUUACUUGAAGUUUGAAAAACUCAUUGACAGGCAAUUUGAGAAGAAAAUCAAAGUCUUUCAAGCAAAUGGAGGUGGUGAAUUUGAAAAGAAAGAAUUCAUUUACCAUCUUCAAUCUAAUGGUAUUAUUUUGCAGCAAUCAUAUCCUGGCACCCCAGAACAAAAUGGCAAGGUGGAAAGAAGACACAGAGUUAUUUGUGAAAUGGGUUUAACCAUGCUAUACAAUAGUGGUCUACCCAAGUGCUAUUAGGUGUUUCCCUUACGUACGAGAUUAUGCUAACAACAAGUUUGAUCCCAAGUCAUAACCAUGCAUAUUUAUCGGUUAUAGCAAUAGACAUAAGGGUUACUGCUGUUUACAUCCAUCAUCUGGAAGAGUGUAUGCUUCUAGACAUGUUGUUUUUGAUGAGAAGAUUUUUCCAUACACAGAUCCAAAGAAGUUGCGGCAACCAUAUGAUAACAGCGAGUACUCAACCUUCCUUGAAUGGAAAAAUCCAUCGUUGCAACAAGAUACCUCUCCAAAUUUGAGGGUUACACACAUUCAAAAUCAAGCAAAUUAUGAACCUGUUGCUAAUGAACCUUUUCACACUUCACUGCUUGGCAUAGUAUCUAAUGAGCUAAAUUGCCUUGAUGUGCAGGUCCUUGAUGAUGUGGUACAAAAUGAUGAGUUUUUUUUAUCAACAAGACAAUCAUCAACAAGACAUGGCCAUCAAUAAUGAGUUGGCACAACAAGACUUGCCUAUUAACAGUGAGCUUCCUCAAGAACCAGCACCAAAUCAUGAGAUUAGUAGACUGGAGUAGCGGCCACUCAGCUUGAGAGCUCUCGGUAUAAAUCUCGUAUGUCGACCUCAGUGUUUUCAAUGUGAAGGUGGAUUAAUGUAUUACCAAAAUGGUAAUUUUGCUUUUAUUAUUUUAGAAAGUAUUUUGAAAAGCAAUUGCUUUCAUGUAUUUUUUUUGUAUAAGUUACUUUUAUGUAUAUGACAUUAAACUUAAUUAAAAUGG